GUGGCCCCGCGCGCACGCGCGUAUCAGCGGCCGCCAUCGCGGUGCUCUGCUCCGGCCGCUUGGGCCCGCCUGGAUUCGCUGCGCAGCAGGUCCUUGGAUCCUGUCACUGGCUGACCUUCCCUGGGGACCCUGCACCACUGUGUGUCCUCUGCUAGAGGCGGUCAACCUUUCCUUGGGCCCCUCACCCCUGGCAUCUCUGAGCCCUUGGCUCCACACAGUCAUAUUUCCAGUGCAGGUUUGGGAAGAUGCUGCCUCUGGAGAAGGUGUUGGCCUCCCCCAGAAGCUCCCCAACUCCCCCAGAGGUGGCCACCGAAGGGUCUGCAGACACAGACGGGUCUGCAGACACGAGUCAGCAAGAGGACCUUGAGUCUGAGACCAUCCCUGAGAGGACCCCUGCGGACCUCGAGUUCUCUCGCCUGCGGUUCCGGGAGUUUGUGUACCAGGAGGCGGCUGGGCCCCACCAGACCCUGGCCCGGCUGCACGAGCUGUGUCGCCAGUGGCUGCGCCCUGAGGCCUGCUCCAAGGAGCAGAUCCUCGAGAUGCUGGUGCUGGAGCAGUUCCUGGGCAUCCUGCCUGACAGGGUCCGCCCCUGGGUGGUAGCCCAGUACCCCGAGAGCUGUAAGAAGGCAGCCUCUCUGGUGGAGGGCCUCACAGACGUCCUGGAGGAGCCAGGGAUGCUGUUGUGUUCCCCAGCUGGAUCAUCUUCUGGGUUGAGUGAGGGAGUAUAUGAGAGGCACCCUGACCCCCUGCUGUUACCAGGCGGACUAGGGAGCCCCAGAGACCCUGAGGAUAUCCCAGUGCCACCCGAUGCUCCGCUGCCCUGCCUUCUCCCAGCCUGGCCUGCGCUGGAACCCAUGCUCCUGGAUCAGGGGAGCAACGGGGGAGAGAAGAACGACGAGGCCAAAGCGCAGCCGACGCCGUCUUUUCCGGAGGAACCUCUGCACUCUGAGGAGUGGGCCCACCUGGAUCCUGCAGAGGAGAACAUGAAGAGCUACAGGAAGCUGCUCCUGUGGGGGUACCAGUUUGCCCAGCCUGAUGCUGCAUGCAGUCUGGAGGCAGAGGAGCAGCCCCUUGUGGAAGGAGAGGCACCUGGAGGCAGCCUCCCAGGCAGCGGGAAGCAGGAAGAAGGCACAGAGAACUUGUGCGAGGAGGGCUCUGCAGGCCAGGACAGUGGCUCACAGGAAACGCUGUCAGAGAGGCUGGCAGGGGACGCAGGGGACACUCCUGCAGACCCCCCAAUGGAUACCAACCAGGAGGAGGAGCAGCCCGGGAAGGCGCCAGACACCGUGGGAGAGGACUCGGGCUGCGCCAGCCCCUCCCAGAAGCCAAGAGACCCCUGCCCUUCAGAGGAAGACCAGGGCGAGGCCAGUCCAGACAGCCCACCGCAGGGCUCUGGGACCAAGCGGCCCCACCCAGAGGAUGAGGGGGAGCAGGGACCCGAGUGUGCCUCCAGCCAGAGCAGCCACCAGCCUGGGGACGCCAUGGAGUCUGAGGCAGAUGGCCGUGCUGCCACGCCCCCAGCUGGGCAGGACGCGGGCACCUCUGCCUCAGGCGGUCCUGAGGCCGAGGAGCCUGGAGUGUCCGGAGAGAAGCCCUACCCCUGCAGUGAGUGUGGGGAGGCCUUUGCGUGGAUCUCGCACCUCAUGGAGCAUCACAGGAGCCACGGCAGCAAGAAGCUGUGCGCCUGCCAGGGCUGCUAGACGGAUCCCCAGGAGCCUUUCUGACCUGGCCCCGCCCUGCCACAGUGAGUUCAGUCUGGGGGGAGGGUGGGCCUGAGGCCUGGAGACAAGCCACCAGGCCAGUGUCCCUGGAGGUGACAGUGACUGGCUGGGAAUCUCAGAAUGUAUGGGGGCUCCUUCCAGACACUUGGGGGUGGUCUUCCUGUGGUCUUUGGACAAACAUCAGCUUGUUUCCCAAAUGGGCUGACGUGGCCAGAGCACCCACGGAAAACCCCACCCCAUCCACCACGGGAAACCCCGACCCCACUGUCCUGCAGCCACGUCCAUACCUCCGUGUGCCGGCCGUGGCCCUUGUGCAGUUAGAGUCCCCGGUGUGCGUGUUCUGUGGGCAGUCUUGGAGGCUUCACCUCUGCUGCUCCUGUUUGAGCUCCCCAAGUUUGUUCAGGCAGAAUUCUUGCCAGAUGUUCUGGCCUUUCGUAAAUAUGUGACGUCGAGUUCACUUUUGAAUCCUGAAAAGCUGAAACUUUCCUCGUUCAACUCGUGCGUCUUUGCCUAUACGGAGUGGCUUACCAAGAUCACCGAAAUGCUUGGAGCCUAGUAAUGCAUUUUCUGACUAUGGGUUCCAGCCCAUCAGUGAAUUGUGAAAUCAAACUAGAGGGUGGCCAACAGCAUUACCAAGCAAUGAAGURGAAUAAACUAGGUCAGAAUGCAUCACGUAGUGAAGGCAGUAUCAUUUUGUGGAGUUCCAGCUGUGUAUCUAACUGUGAGAACUGGCUUCUAUGUAGGAUGUCUCUCUUACCAGGGGGCGUUUGCAGUAGGUUGGAAACACUAACAAAGGUUGAGGAAGCUUCUGUCUGCCUGAGCAAAGGGAACUUAACUCCUUGGGCUACGUGAGGUGUCUUGAUUUUGCAUUUAAUCUCAGAUUAUAGUAUUGUUUCUGUUGCCUGAGCAUAAAUUUAAUUGCUCCUGUAGAUAAACGGUGCCUCUUUCUGUCACUGUGUUUGAGCCAGCAGUUGUGURACGACCCCUGAGUCAUAGGCUUGACGUAAUAAAGUAUUUAUUUCUUCACUCACAUUA